AUGGCUAAUAAUGAGAGCAAUGAUACAUCAACAUAAAACAGUAAAUUUCUUCAAUUGAAUUCCUCCAUUCAGAUCCUAAAUGAAAGUAUAAGCAUACAAAUGCCGUAAUUCCGACAAAAAGUCCUUAAAACUGUGCAUUCAAAGGUAACCUUUUUGAUUAAUUAAGGAUGCUGUGAGAAGGAAAUAGAUUGCUUGCCAUAUAUAUAUCAAUGAUUUAGAAUCUGUGCCUGGAUAUAAAGCAUUAAAAAGUAUUUGAGCAUCAUUAAACAGAACAAAUAUGUAGAAUCUGUAUUUGUGAAGAAGAAACCUCUAAAUUUAUUGCUCCUUGUAAAUGCAAAGGAACUGCUGAGUUUGUUCAUUAAGAGUGUCUAAAAAUGUGGAUUCUAGAGUAAUAUGGAGUUAAUAAAAUUUAUAAUGAUGAGGUAAUUUAUAAAAAUAAUAUCUUGUUUAGUUAUAUUGUGAGGUUUGCAAUCAUAAAUUCGAAUUUGAUGUUGAUUUUAAUGACAGAUUUGAUAUCAAAUAAUUUUAAAGAAUAAAAAAGAGAACAAAACUUUGUUGGCUUAUUCAAAUAUUUUUUAUCAUUCUAUUUAUUUUUGGAUCGAUUGAAAUUGCUUUGGGGUUUGGCAUAAACUCUUUGGCAACCGUUGCGAUUAUUGUUGUAUUUGGUCUGAUAACUAUAUCUUUAACUAUUUACUUGAUUUUCAAUUUCAGUUCAGCACAUACUAUUUAAAUGAUUGAAAAUUGGAAUUUCCAGAAUUACAAACCCAAAUCUUCAGCAUCAUUGCCCAAAAAGAACACCAAGAAGAUAACCAAUCAAUUCAUUCGAGUCAAUCAAAUAUAUUUUACUUGAAUAUAAUAAUUAAUAAACUUAAUUCAUAAUCAUUC